ACAAAGCAAAAGACCAUUCCAAAAAGGCAAGAGGAAUUAAGAACAACAUAUUAUUAUUUAAUAGACAACACAAGUUGUAGAUCCUUUGUUAGUUCAUGAACCCUUGAAUUGAGCCUUUUUUUUGUUCCUUUAAGUUCAAUGCAUCUCUAGAGAGGUCCAAGAUACAGAAUAAUACCACAAAUAGAAAAGUGUAAAACAAACUUUCAACUCUAAUACUGUUCUACAAAUAGCUAAAGUACUGUACACAUAAAUUGGAAAACAAAUUAAAUAAAAAUAUUUUCAUUGGUUUGGCUAACAAAGUGUCCGUCGUAACGUCGAUUUUUAUUAUACGGUGACGUAUGUUGAAAAUUGAAGAAACUAAUUUGGAUAUAAUUGUACUACAUAAAAUAUACAUUAUAUAUUACAUUUCUCCCCAAAAACGUUAUAUAUUACGUCUUAGAAGUGUAUAAACACUAUUAUGUCGAAAUAAACUUUUUCGUUUGCUAAAAUAUGAAUAUCAUAUAUGUGAAAGCUGUAGGAUUUACAAGGCCUAAAUUUGUGUUACCUUGGCAAAUAAAACAAGGACAACACAAUAAACUACUAUGCGUGAUUCAAAUUCAUAAAAGAGGCAUAAAUAAACUAAUUAAAACUAGCUAGAUUCAUAUGAAAUCUUAUAAAAUUAUUCGUAAAAGAGGCCUAAAUUUUUAAAAUGAGUUCUAAUACCAAAUAAUAUCUUAAUCUCAUUUAUCACAAAAUGAUUACAAGUGUAGCUUAUAUACAAGUAUCAACUAUAGCUAAACCGCUUAACUGUACCGAAUUAUAUACAAGCUAAUAAGUUCUCUUGGAUGCAUGAGAUUUUUUAUAUGAACUCUACAAAUAAUUGUAUGCGGAAACCACGUGAUGGUUAUCUAGUGGUAGAUAGAAUUUAGGUUGUUUAGAAACAUUAGUUCGAAGACAUUUUGCUACACUUUAUUACGUGGCUACGUGGAUAUGAAUCCAUUGCUUAUAAUUUAUUUGAAUACUCAAAGAGAUAUAUGAUUCAUUUGUGGAAGUCCACCUUGAAAAUUAGUCUAGAUUCUUCUAUAGAUCUAGGAUACUCCAAAUUGAUAAUGGUAGUAAUAAAAUAACUGUAAGUAGAAAGAAAUGUAAAAGGUAUAAAGAAUAUAUUAUUGUAAUGCAACAGAAAGUCCAAAAUGAUCGGUACAUGAUGAUUCCAUUUCCAUCUCUGGAUCAGUCAAGUUUCUAGUGGAUAUGCUUGAGGUCAAUAUAUAUUUCUGACAAGCCGUGUCGGCUUGACUUUGACCGAACAACUGAACAAGGCACACGUUUACAUAAUUAAAUACUAACGAUAACGACUGCCAAAGAAGAAUCUCCCAAUUAUUUAUAGUGACUCGCAUUAGAAACAUAUAAACCACGUUCCGCACUCUGUUAUAGUAUUACUAUACACAUUGCGAUUAUACUAGUACUGUACCCAUGGCACAAAUUAUUAUUCUCGCCAACCGUAAACAAAUAUUAAUCUUUCAAAUUAAGCAUGCUUUUUAUACAUUUCAGUAUCAUAAACCAACAGUUGAUCAUUUAUUUGGUCCUUAGUGCAUAAUUAUUACUUAUGUAUUUAAGAACAUACAUUCUAAUUUUUUUCCUUCUUUUUAAGGCAUUUUCUUUGAAACACUUGUAAGGCAUAUUAUAAUUAUUGUCUAAUGUUUAGGUCUACUAUUAGUCAACCUCCAUGACAAUUUAGUAUAAUAAUACAUUAUGCAUGUAUUGAAUCAAGCUUUAGUUAAGUUUAUAUAAGAAAAUCACAUGUGGCUAUAGCAUAGGUCUCUGCUAAAUCAUUUCUCUAUUCGUUUAUUUUAUUGAAAUGAUAGACGUUUUAAAUUUUACAUCUUGGUUGUUGCCUCCAAGGAGUAAGGAAAACGUGGAAAUAAUUUUAGAAUUAUAUUUAGUCGACAGCUGCAGAACGAAUCAUAUACCAUAUGCUUGUUAAAAUAAAAAAUGUCACCAAAAUAUAAAAUAAAAAUCAAGAACAUAGAUAUUAAUUAAAUUUAGCAAAUAAAUGAUAAUAAGAAUUGGACAAAAAACACGUGUGCGAGUGUGGUGGACCCGAGAGAGACGAGUUGAGUCUAAAGACUAAAAGUAAAAAGGAACAUACAUGAUCAGGAUGUCCAUUAGUUUAUUACAUGAAAAAGCAUAUGCUGCUCACGUCUCUCUUUCCACCUAGUUUCCUCUUUAACACUUCACUUUAUAUAUAGAAUCAAAAAUCAUUCCUUCCUUCCACAAUUCCAGAAGAGUAAAAAACAAGAACCCAAUAAGAUCGACUCUUUCCAAGAAUCUAUCAACUUUUUCCUCAGCUUAAGGAACUCCCACACAUAUACACAUACCCAUCCUCAAGAAUCAAGAUCCAAGCAGAGUCAUCCAUGGACCAGUCUUCAUCAUCUUCUUUCGUCGAUACUUCUCUAGAUCUCACUAUUGGUGUUACUCGUAUGCGAGUUAAAGAAGAUUCAACGACAAGUGCUUUGGUGGAUGAAUUAAACCGAGUGAGUGCUGAGAACAAGAAGCUCUCGGAGAUGCUAACUUUAAUGUGUGAAAACUACAACGUCUUGAGGAAACAGCUGAUGGAAUAUGUUAACAAGAGCAACAACAUGACAGAGAGAGACCAAACCAGUCCUCCCAAGAAACGCAAAUCUCCAGCGAGAGAUGACGCAGUUAGCUCUGCGGUUAUCGGUGGAGUGUCAGAGAGUAGCUCUACGGAUCAAGAUGGUCAGUAUCUGUGCAAGAAGAAGCAGAGAGAAGAGACUGUUGUGAAGGAAAAUGUCUCAAGGGUUUAUUACAAGACCGAAGCUUCUGACACUACCCUCGUAGUGAAAGAUGGGUAUCAAUGGAGGAAAUAUGGACAGAAAGUGACUAGAGACAACCCAUCUCCAAGAGCUUACUUCAAAUGUGCUUGUGCUCCAAGCUGUUCUGUCAAAAAGAAGGUUCAGAGAAGCGUGGAGGAUCAGUCCGUGUUGGUAGCUACUUAUGAAGGUGAACAUAACCAUCCAAUGCCGUCAAAGAUCGAUUCAAACAACGGCUUAAACCGCUACAUCUCUCUUGGUGGUCACACUGCACCAGCCAAGGGAAGUAGUAGUUUGGCUGAGCCUGUGACUGAAUCCAAGAAAGUAACUAGCCCAUCAAGAAUGGAUAUUCCAGAAGUUCAGAAACUUUUGGUUGAGCAAAUGGCUUCUUCCUUGACAAAAGAUCCUAACUUCACAGCAGCACUAGCAGCAGCUGUCACCGGAAGAUUGUAUCAACAGAACCAGACCGAAAAAUAGUUUUUUAGUUUCAAAUUCUAUUAGUAUUUUUUUAGAUUUGAAUUUGGCAUAUGAGACAAAGAGAGUAGAAUCUAUUAUAUGUAACAUGAAGUAAUCGUUUUCAAAGCAAUCUCACAUAAUCAA